AUUCAGUCAGACAACAAGCCUCUUAUCUGAGAAGUGAAUCUAUAAGUAUACGAGACUGCCGUGAGAUGAUAGUUGCGAGAACAGCUUUACGAGCUCUGCUUGUCUGCGGCGGAGGAAACUGUAACAUGUUCGUGAGUUCUGUUUCCGCCGCCUCCGUUAUGAAAAGUCCGUAUGAGAUAACAAAACCGACGCAAAUUCAUGAUUGGUGCGGCGGUUUUGGUGAUUUUAAGAUCGGUCCUAAGCAUGUGCAAGGAAAUAACAAUUUGAGGUGGAGGAGGAUGAGUUCUGCAUCGGCGAUGGAGAAUAAAGAUGAAAAUUCGACGGUGAAGAAGGAUCAAAACGGCGGUGGAUCGGUGGCGGUUCGGAGUUAUUGGGGAAUAGAGACAGCAAAGAUGAAAAUUACGCGGAGAGAUGGAUCGGAUUGGCCUUGGAACUGUUUUAUGAUCCUUCACGUUCUAAUGUUUUACAUUUGUUUUUUCCUUAAUGUUAACUAUAUGUUUGGUCAGCAGAGACGAUAUGGAUGCAGGGCAAUGAUGCUCGAGACAGUAGCUGCAGUACCAGGAAUGGUUGGAGGAAUGCUUCUCCACCUAAAAUCAAUCCGAAAAUUCGAACAUAGUGGCGGUUGGAUCAAAGCAUUACUUGAAGAAGCAGAGAACGAGAGGAUGCAUCUAAUGACGAUGAUGGAGUUAGUCAAACCCAAAUGGUACGAGCGUCUUCUAGUGAUGCUUGUUCAAGGAAUAUUCUUCAACUCUUUUCUCGUUUGUUACGUGAUGUCGCCGCGGUUAGCUCAUCGGGUCGUUGGAUAUUUAGAAGAAGAAGCUAUACAUUCUUACACCGAGUUUCUUAAAGAUAUCGACGAUGGGAAGAUCGCGAAUGUUGCCGCUCCCGUGAUUGCUAUUGAUUAUUGGAGAUUGCCUAAAGAUGCUACGUUGAAAGAUGUUGUCACAGUGAUUCGUGCUGAUGAAGCUCAUCAUCGAGAUGUCAACCAUUUUGCUUCUGACAUUCGCAAUCAAGGAAAAGAGUUGCGAGAAGCAGCAGCUCCGAUUGGUUACCACUAACCAAUAUCAAAGAGUCUUCUAUUUACUUGGAGUUUACUUAUGAUUUUGGAUAUGAAUUUGUUUGAAUGUACUAAAGCAAGUUUUAAAGGUGUUAGAAUUGUUUAGGUAAAGAUGUUUCAGAUUAUAAAAUUGUGUCUCAACC